ACAACUUGGCUCAGCCACUGUGACAGACACCUUUGGGACAUGAUGUGGAUACUGUUCUUUGGGGCCCUUAUCGGACCCAGCAUCUGCAGCCGAGAAAAGUGUUUUGGGGACCAAGUUUUUAGGAUUAAUGUCAGAAAUGGAGACGAGAUCAGCAAACUAAAUGAGCUAGUGAAUUCAGACAACUUUAAGGUCAACCUCUGGAAAACCUGCUGUACCUUGGGUCUUCCUGUGGAUGUCCUGGUCCCAUCUGUCAGUCUGCAACCAGUCAAAUUCUUCCUCAAGUCCCACGGCUUAGAUUACUCAGUGACAAUUGAAGACCUGCAGGCCCUUUUAGAUAAGGAAAAUGAAGAAAUGCAAUACAACGAAGAGCAAGAACGAAGCGGUAAUAACUUCAACUAUGGGGCCUAUCACUCCCUGGAAGCUAUUUACCAGGAGAUGGACAACAUUGCUGGAGACUUUCCUGACUUGGCGAGCAGGGUGAAGAUUGGGCGUUCGUUUGAAAACCGGCCGAUGUAUGUACUGAAGUUCAGCACGGGAAGAGACUGUCAGCGGCCGGCCCUGUGGCUGAACGCGGGCAUCCAUUCCCGGGAGUGGAUCUCACAGGCCACGGCGAUGUGGACCGCGCGGAAGAUUGUGUCUGGUUACGGGAAGGAUCCAGCCAUCACCUCCAUCUUGGAGAAAAUGGAUAUUUUCUUGUUGCCUGUGGCCAAUCCUGAUGGCUAUGUAUACACGCACACUCAAAACCGACUUUGGAGGAAGACACGGUCCCAAAAUCCUGGAAGCCCCUGCAUUGGUGUUGAUCCAAAUAGAAAUUGGAACGCUAGUUUUGCUGGAGGCGGAGCCAGUGGCGAUCCUUGCUCUGAAAUCUACCAUGGCCCCCAUGCCAAUUCGGAAGUGGAGGUAAAAUCGGUGGUAGAUUUCAUUCAAAAGCAUGGGAAUUUCAAAGGUUUCAUCGAUCUGCACAGCUACUCACAGCUGCUGAUGUAUCCAUAUGGGUACACGACGAAAAAGGCCCCAGAUGCCGACGAGCUGGACAAGGUGGCAAGGCGCGCGGCCAAAGCUCUGGCUUCCCUGUCCGGCACUCAGUACCGCGUGGGUUCUACCUCCACCACUGUCUAUCCAGCCAGCGGGAGCAGCGUUGACUGGGCGUAUGAUAAUGGCAUCAAGUAUGCAUUCACUUUUGAGUUAAGAGAUACUGGGCACUAUGGUUUCCUCCUGCCAGCCAACCAGAUCAUCCCCACUGCAGAGGAGACCUGGCUGGGGCUGAAGACCAUCAUGGAGCAUGUGCGGGACCACCUCUACUAGAUGGGGAGCCUGCUCCGUCUGCACGUUCUUAUCCCCAUGUAUUACACACGCUGAAGGCACUAUUAAAGGGAGCAUGUGUCAGAGCCUCUGGCUUUGGAGAGGACACAGGUCAGCCCUCUGCAGCAC